AUGCAGGAGACAGCACCAAGCACCAGUGGCUCCGCUGCUUCCAAGACCGCAAAGUCGAGCAAACCAUGCAGAUACUACUCCCGCUCUGGCAAAUGCAGGAGGGGGAACAAGUGCCUCUUUUCGCACGAACAGGCACGCCCAUCCGAGCAGUCUGUAAUCCCAUCUCCGACUGCUCCCGCGGCUUGCAGCGUUCGUCUCUCUGCCGAGGCUCCCGAGUACACGCCAAACACCAACACUUCGAAGCCGCUGUCGGCUCGCGCUCCAGAGUUCGAGCCGCAUGCAUGCAAGCAUGACGAGGAAUGGGUCGAUGUAGCUGCUCCAGAGCCUGCGUCGAGCGAGACGACAGAGGAGUGGGAGGAUGUAGCCGGUUCAAACUCGCUGCCGACCGAGACAACAGCGCUCUCGACUGUCGAGUCGGUGGCCCCCACUCCGCAGCCCGAGACCACUGCCGAGCCACAGACCUGUGGCGUCUGCUUCGAGGUGCUCAAGGUGUUUGCUCAGCAUCCCAACUGCGACCACUACUUCUGCCCAACGUGCAUGCGCGAGUGGCGUGGUCAAGGCGACCAGGACAACCGCAAGAAGUGUCCGCUCUGCCGCGUCGGGUCCAAGUACACCUUUGUGACCGGUCAGCCCUUCCAGGGCAGCGCACGCAUUCUGGCCGUCCAGCGCUUCCGCGAGCGCGCCGCCGCCACACCCUGCAAGGCUUUCACCAGAAGUCUCUCGCUCAGCAAGAAUCGCAACAAACCCUUCUGCGCCUUUGCCGACGACUGCCUCUUCCAGCACCACAUCGACGGCAAGCCUCACACCUUUGGCUAUGGCCGUCUGGCCGUGCGCAAGAAGAUAAGGAAGCGCACUCGCCGCCUCGUCCGCCCCGUCGCCCGUUCCGAGAGCUCCAUGCGACCCGAGUUCCUCCAACGCGUGCGAGACAUCGACCAACGCAUCCUCCUUCUCUUAGCCGCACGUCAAGCUGCCUAA